CUAGCUCGACACCUCAUUUUCACUUAAUAAUGUCUAUAUUAUUAAUAUUAUUAACCAUAUUACUAUUGUUAGUAACGUAUUUUUUAUACGCUCUAAACAAACACUUUAAAUAUUGGCAAAAUUUAGGCAUAAGCUGCGACGAGCCCAGCUGGAUUUUUGGCAGUUUUAAGGGAGCCGUAACAGAACGUACAUUCCUUGACAUUAUACAAGAAACUUAUUAUAAAUACAAAAGUGUUGGACCAUUUGCGGGUUUCUAUUGGUUCUAUAGGCAAGCGGUAUUUGUUACGGAUGUGACUUUGAUUAAACAAAUUUUGAUUAAGGAUUUCAAUAAAUUUUCCGAUCGUGGUUUGUUUGUGAACGAGGAGGAUGAUCCUUUAUCGGGACAUCUGUUCAAUUUGGAGGGUCGCAAGUGGCGCAAUUUGAGAAGUAAAAUGUCGCCUACCUUUACCUCGGGUAAAAUGAAAUUUAUGUUUCCCACGGUGGUCAAGGUGGCUGAGGAGUUGGUAAAGACUUUUGCCAAGACUAUAGAGAACGAUAAUAAAGUGGAAAUACGUGAUAUAGUGUCACGUUAUACUACCGAUGUUAUAGGUAACUGUGCUUUUGGUUUGGAAUGCAAUAGUUUAACUGAUCCUCAGGCUAAAUUUCAUGUAAUGAGUAAGAGAGCUUUAUUGGAAAAUCAUUUGGGAAAUUUUGGUGUAGCUUUUCGCUUUAGUUUCCCGAAAUUGGCCUUACGUUUGCGCAUGCGUGAUACUGUUCACGAAAUAGAAGAUUUCUUUAUGGGUAUUGUUAAGGCCACGGUUAAAUAUCGUGAAGAGAAUCAAGUAAAACGUAAUGAUUUUAUGAAUUUACUAUUGGAAUUGAAAAAUAAUAAAAUGCUGAAAACUGAUAGUAGUGAGGAGUUCACAAAUUUAUCUCUAAAUGAAGUCGCGGCUCAGGCUUUUAUAUUUUUGGUAGCCGGUUCCGAUACUUCAUCCACCACCAUGUCAUUUGCUUUAUAUGAAUUGGCUUUGAAUGAGGAUAUACAGGAAAAAGCUAGACAGGAAGUUAACAGAGUAUUGCAGCAACAUGAUCAAGAGUUUAGCUAUGAAUGUAUGAGUGAAUUAAAAUAUUUAGAUCAGAUAGUACAAGAAACCUUAAGACUUUACACCCCACUACCCGCCUUAAAUCGUGUGGCCUUGGAAGAUUAUAUUGUACCAGGCCAUCCUAAAUUUGUGAUAAAAAAAGAUAUGCCUGUGGUUAUACCCGCCAUUUCUAUACAUCGUGAUGAACAAUAUUUUCCCAAUCCAAUGAAAUUUAAUCCCGCCAACUUCUCAGCAGAACAAGUAGCGCUUAGAGAUUCGGUUUUAUAUUUACCCUUCGGUGAAGGUCCUCGCAAUUGUAUAGGCAGCCGUUUUGGAAAAAUGCAAAUAAUAAUAGGUUUGGCUUUGUUAUUGAAAAAUUUCAAAUUUACAACCUGUAAGGAGACUCUUAUACCCAUGCGAUAUGACAAGGAAAAUUUCAUGGUUACACCGGAUGGUAAUUUGUUUUUAAAGGCCAGCAGAGUGUAUUUAUUUUCAACAUUCGUUGUUAACGGUCAUAUUUUUCUUCUAUCGCGUUCAACACAAAUUAAAAACGACAAAAUGUCAAUGUUAUCGUUUCUCUUGACUACUCUCACGGGUCUGUUAGUCGCUCUUUUUCUACACUUACGCAAAAAGUUAUCCUACUGGCAAUCGUUGGGUGUGAAGUGUGAAGAACCUCAUUUUUUGUUGGGCAAUUUAAAAGGAGUACAAACGAAACGAGGAUUCUAUCAAAUUUGGCAAGAAUAUUAUGAUAAGUUCCGUGGCAGUGGUCCCUUUGUGGGUUUUUAUUGGUUUUACAAACCGGCGGUUUUUGUUUUGGAGCCACAAUUAAUUAAAAAUAUUUUAAUAAAAGAUUUUCAAAAUUUCACGGAUCGUGGCUUUUUUCACAAUGAAAAAGAUGAUCCUUUAUCGGGUCAAUUAUUUCUGUUGGAUGGCUUGAAAUGGAAAAAUAUGAGAAAUAAACUAUCGCCCACUUUUACCUCGGGUAAAAUGAAAUUUAUGUUUCCCACAGUUAUACGAGUGGGAGAGGAAUUUAUAGAGGUUUUCGAUAGAAUGAUAAAGGAACAGGACAGCAUUGUAGAGGUUAAGGAAUUGCUGGCCCGUUUUACCACCGAUGUUAUAGGCACUUGUGCCUUUGGCAUUGAAUGCAGCAGUUUAAAAGAUCCUAAUGCGGAAUUUCGGGUAAUGGGUCGUAAGGCCUUGGUCGAACAGAGACACAAUCAAUUGGUUAUAGCUUUUAUGGCUAGUUUUAUAGAAUUAGCCCGUAAGUUGCAUUUCAAACAAACACCCGAUAAUAUAGAAGAAUUUUUCUUGCGCAUUGUCAGGGAGACUGUGGAAUAUCGUGAGAAAAAUAAUAUCAGACGUAAUGAUUUUAUGGAUAUGUUGAUUGAUUUGAAAAAUAAGAAAUUAAUUAAAACCGAACAUGGUGAGGAAUUGACCAAUUUAACUUUGGAAGAGAUAGCAGCCCAAGCAUUUGUAUUCUUUAAUGCGGGCUUUGAAACUUCAUCUACAACUAUGGGCUUUGCUUUAUAUGAAUUGGCUCAAAAUGAAGAGGUACAGGAGAGAGCCAGACAAGAAGUUUUAAAGAAUUUCGCGAAACAUGAUCAGAAGUUUACUUAUGAAUGCAUGAAGGAUAUGGUAUAUUUGGAGCAAGUAAUGGCAGAAACCCUUCGCUUGUACACAGUUUUGCCCAUACUAAAUCGCUCCUGUUUAGAAGACUAUGUAGUGCCCGGUCAUCCCAAUUUGGUGAUCAAAAAAGGCAUGCCCAUUAUAAUACCCAUCGGUGCUAUACAUCGUGAUGAAAAAUAUUACCCCGAACCGCUUAAAUUCAAUCCCGAUAAUUUUACUCCCGAUAAAGUGGCCGAACGUGAUUCAGUCUUAUGGUUGCCUUUCGGAGAGGGACCACGCAAUUGCAUUGGUUUACGAUUUGGUAAAAUGCAAACAAUUAUCGGUUUAGCUUUACUCUUAAAGAAUUUUAAGUUUUCGAUAUGCCCCAAAACUGAAAUGCCUUUAACACUAAAAACUCUAGAUCAGUAUAAAAUUAACUUCGACACCAUUAAGACGUGCGGUAGUAAUAAAAACAAAAUGUUAUCACUAUUGAGCACCUUACUGCUGAGUAUUGUCACGCUCUUGGUUGUGUACCUCUACAAUAACUACACUUACUGGAAAAGACGUGGGGUAUGCUAUGAGAAACCUCUACCUCUGAUAGGUAAUUUUAAAGGAAUCGGUAAAACUCUACACUUUAAAGACAUCAAUCAACGUCUCUACAGUCGCUUUAAAGGUCAAUCGCCAUUUUGUGGUUAUUAUUUGUUUCUAACUAAAGCAGCUUUAAUCUUAGAUUUGGAUUUAAUAAAACAUAUUCUAAUAAAAGAUUUUGCCAAUUUCCAUGAUCGUGGCAUAUUUAAUAAUGUCAAAGAUGAUCCCUUAACGGGACAUUUGUUGACUUUAGAGGGUGAACAAUGGCGGGCUAUGAGAACGAAAUUGACACCAGUUUUUACCUCAGCUAGAAUGAAGUAUAUGUUCCCGACGGUGGUGGAAGUGGGACAAAGUUUUGCAGAGGCUUUAGACAAGGCUGUUAAAGCUUCUUCUACUCAGGUGGUAGAAAUAAAAGAUUUAUGUGCUCGUUUUACUACCGAUGUCAUAGGAUCAUGUGCUUUUGGUAUAGAAUGCCAUAGUCUGGAAGAUCCUCAAGCAGAAUUUAGAAAAAAAGGUCGUUCAAUAUUUAGCGAACCACGUCAUGGCCCUCUAGUACAAACGUUUAUGAUAACAAACCCUAAACUGGCGCGCAAAUUGCAUAUGAAACUGUUUACGGACCAUGUAACCGAUUUCUUUAUGAAUAUAGUGCGUCAAACUGUUAACUACCGUUUGGAGAAUAAUAUUAAACGCAAUGAUUUUAUGGACUUAAUUAUUGAGUUAAAAGCAAAAAAUGAUGAAAUGGCCAGAGAAUUAAAAGGCAUUGAUUUGUCACAAGGUUUGACGGUGGAACAAAUGGCCGCCCAAACAUUUGUAUUCUUUUUGGCAGGCUUUGAAACUUCCUCUACCACUAUGUCAUUUUGUUUAUAUGAAUUGGCCAGAAAUCCUGGAAUACAAGAGUUACUAAGAAAGGAAAUUUUGGAGACAAUAGAGGAAAAUAAAGGAGAGUUGAGUUAUGAGGGCAUGAAUGCCAUGAAAUACCUGGAACAAGUUAUACAAGAGACCCUACGUUUAUAUCCCAUAAUACCAAAUUUGAUACGUCAGGCUGUCAGAGACUAUCAGGUGCCAAACUCUUCUUAUGUGUUAGAAAAAGGCACUACCAUCUCAAUACCCGUAGCAGCUAUACAUUAUGAUAAGGAUUAUUAUGCAAAUCCCGAAAAAUUUGAUCCCUCACGUUUUGAGCCUCAGGAAGUGGAGAAACGUCACCCUUGCGCUUAUUUACCUUUUGGAGAUGGUCCACGUAAUUGUAUUGGUUCGCGUUUUGGUAAAAUGCAAACUAAAAUUGGUCUUAUCUCUUUAUUGCAACGUUAUCGCUUUGAGAUCUGCUCCCAAACUGAGAUACCUUUGGAAAUUGAUAAAAAAAAUUUCUUAAUAAAUGCCAAAAAUGGCAUACAGCUUAAAGUGAUUACUCUCGAAAAGUAAUGCGAUUAUUUGCACAAUUCAUCAAAUAAAUAUAAUAUAAAUUUAAAUGUGUUUUUGUUUUGUUUAUUAAGACAAAUUUUUGUUUACAUUUUUUUUUAUAUUAAAUGAUUAAAUGUUAGAUUAAAACAUGAUCACUUUACUUUUGUUGUGAGAAACAAAAAUAAUUUAUCUCUAAGCCGAUAGACUUAGUUGCUAUUAUUAUAAAUUUUGUAAAGAAAUAAAAAAUGUCUCUCUAUUUAGCUCAAUCAA